GGGGAUUUCGGGACUAACUAAAAAAACGCAGUUACCUACCUAGACAGGGAUGCAGAUCACUUUCCUACCUCUUUCCCGCCGCGUAGGGGUUUGUAGGAAGGUAAGAGGUAAGCACAAGGUUCGUGUCUGCAUUUUCUGUCAAACGUCAAGAAGCCCCCUGCCAAGCUCUGACCUGAAAUAAUUUUGGUGUUCUUUUCUAUCAUUCUUUUUUUUUAUUACUUCGUCGUGAUGCGCCUUCGUUAAAAGAUUCCUUACUAGUCACCUAAACUUGAACAACCAACUCUUUAUACCAUUUACAUACACCAAUUUCUCCUCGAGCGAAUGGACUUCCUGCCAAAAUGCUCGUGAGCUCUCCCUUUUCCGCGCUUUGCCUGCGCUGGAAACAACUGCCCAACCUUCACAAGGUCAUAUCUAUAUCCGGCCUAUUUAUUUUCUUACUAGUCAUAUUUAUUCAGCCUAAUCCCGACGUUGCACGCGAUGGGUGGAACCGUCUCACUCACUCCGACACUGGCCCUCUGGCCGGUGGAAUCCCUCUUCGUGUCAUGUUCAUAGGUGCUUCUAUGACUCUCGGCGAGCACUCAACUGGCGAAGUCGGUUUCCGAAAACAAAUUCGAGACUGGAUGGUUGCUCGGGGAAAUCCAGUUAACUAUGUCGGCCAGAACCGAUAUGGCGAUUUCAAAGACAACGACGUCCAAGCUUUCGGUGCCCAGCCUAUAAAACCGACCCUCGAUCGCCUUAAAGAUAUCGUUCCCCAAACCCAACCAAACUUGGUCAUCAUAAAUGCUGGAUCAAGCGACUGCUUUCAGUUAGACCACUGGGGACCGGCCUACGUCUUCCAGAAGAUGCGUGACCUGGUCGAUUUCAUCUUCGAAGCCUCGCCGCGAGCCACCAUUAUCAUGUCCACCAUUAUAAUGAGCCCGUGGGAAGGUACGGAAAAAUGCGUCAAGAGUUCCAAUGCCCAGAUACGUCAGGUUGCUAUUGACCUUAUCCGCGAGGGCAAGCCAGUGGUCAUGGCUGAGAUGCAUCAUGAUCAGGGCCUGCCACAUCGCGUCGUGCGGGAGGAUAUUGGAAAGGACGAUAUGCACCCUACCGACAAGGGUUAUUUCAAGAUGGGAGACAUCUUCAUAGAGAAGAUUAUCGAAGUUGAGAAGAAUGGAUGGCUACAGGCUCCGGUCGAGAACGGCGUCCCAGCAGAUGGCGAGGCUGCUAGGGAUAUUGAAGAGGCAAUGAAUGCAAGCAAGGAGAAGGCAAAAGAGAAAGAGGAGAAAGAGAAAGGUAACCAGGAGGGCAAAGAGCCCCAAGACAAAAAGGAAAAGAAGUCACCUAGCCGACGAAGUCAUGAAUGGGGAAGAGGGCUUAAUAGGCGACACGCCGCCAUUCAAUGAUGUUACGAAGGAAUUUUGACCCAUCCGGGUUGUACUAGCUGGGCUGGUAAAAGCUUUAAUAGCGUGCAAUAUGCGAGGAUAGGAACGGUUGUUAUUUCGCAAAUUAUUUCUGGCAUUUGAAGCUGAUGACGACGCUGUCCCGGCUCAUGGUGAUAUAGAACUUUACUACUAGACGAUGUACUUAUCACACGGGCUACUACUAUUAUAAUAUGAUGUAGUAUCUAAUGUAGGUUAUAUUCAAUGUACGUGUGUAUUCAAGCUAGCAGAAGUUCGCCGGUAAAGAUUGUCGAUUAACAGGUA